GCUCUGUCAGUAACACAUGUGUAAGAGCCGCGGAGGGAGCGAGCGAGCCGGCUAGAGGCCAGCGCCGCCGCCGCCGCCGCCGCCUCCGAGCCCGGCAGCAGCAGCCCGGGCAGCAGCUCCGGCAGCGGCGCAGGCUCCAGCGCGCCGCGCCCCGGCCGGCCGCAGCCCCGACUCCCGGGAGGGCCCGCCUGCCGCCUCCGCACCGUCCGCCGCCGCUCCCGGGGCUGUAGUAUCUGCGGCUGCUCGGCCGGAGGUGCAGGGAGCUCGCCCGAGCCGCCGCCGCCGCCAGCCCCGAGCGAGCGAGCGCGCGGGAGGGAGGAAGGCGGCGGAGGAGGAGGAGCGGGAGGAGCGCGGGCGGGGGCGGGGGCCGCCGGGCGGGGGAAUAUACAAAGUGAAGCCACAUUGCCAAACUUGCAGCAGCGAUUGCAGCAGUUGCUGCCGCUGCGCCGCGCCUGAAGCCGCGCCGCGCGGGCCGAGGGCUCCUGCAGCUGCUCGCGCGCAGCCGGAGGCGGAGGAGAAGGACCAGGACUGAGACUGACACUUCUGCUCCCGACCGCCUGCCACUUACGCGGGGGCCCCCAACCCGCCCCAGAGCAACGCGAUUAAAAAAAAAAAAAAAAAAAAAGCAGCCCUUAGCCCCCUCCUCCCCUUUCCUGCUUCUGCAAGAACUCCCUCCCUCCCUCCAGUUCCGCCAGCCAAGGCUCCCCUUCCCUGGAAGCCGAGCGGCUUCGCUCGCAUUUCGCCGCUGCUGCCUCUCGCAAUAUUGCAAUAUAGGGGAAAAGCAGACCAUGGUGAAUCCGGGCAGCAGCUCGCAGCCGCCCCCGGUCACGGCCGGCUCCCUCUCCUGGAAGCGGUGCGCAGGCUGCGGGGGCAAGAUUGCGGACCGCUUUCUGCUCUAUGCCAUGGACAGCUACUGGCACAGCCGGUGCCUCAAGUGCUCCUGCUGCCAGGCGCAGCUGGGCGACAUCGGCACGUCCUGUUACACCAAGAGCGGCAUGAUCCUUUGCAGAAAUGACUACAUUAGGUUAUUUGGGAAUAGCGGUGCUUGCAGCGCUUGCGGACAGUCGAUUCCAGCGAGCGAACUCGUCAUGAGGGCGCAAGGCAAUGUGUAUCAUCUUAAGUGUUUUACAUGCUCUACCUGCCGGAAUCGCCUGGUCCCAGGAGAUCGGUUUCACUACAUCAAUGGCAGUUUAUUUUGUGAACAUGAUAGACCUACAGCUCUCAUCAAUGGCCAUUUGAAUUCACUUCAGAGCAAUCCACUACUGCCAGACCAGAAGGUCUGCUAAAAGGUCAGAGUAAUGCAGAAUGCGUGCCUUCAUCUCAGAUUUUGUUCAUCACAGGUGGAUCCCGUGUGUCUUCAGUAGACAAGUCACCUUUGUAGCUAGCACCAGUGCCAGCUCCAUGCCAUUGCACCUUCUUUAGUCUUGAUUGCCCUUCCCGCAUUUAUUGGUGUAUUAAAAUGACUGAAUAUGAACAUUAAGGACUCUAUGAACCUGGGCUAAUGGGAGACUGUAGAGAAAAUGAAAAAAGAUCCACCAGAGGACAUCUUUGGGGGGGAGGGAGCUUGGGGUGGGGGAGGGAAAUGACUAAUGAAGCUAAUUAAAAGAAGCAUUCAAAUCUGCUUUCUACCCUCAUUAACAAUUAGCAGGGCACUGGCCAGAGUUUGUACCCUGUGUUUUACCUUAACAACAUUCUAUUUGCUCUUUGUAUAUUUAAGUGUUGUAAGGAAACGUGUUUCAAUCAAAACUGAACAUGAGAUAAAGGAAAAGAGAUGUGGCUUUUGUGAUAUUCUAUCACAAACACUUUUAUUGUAUCUCUGUAAAAUACAAUGUAUGUAUGCAUGUAAGUGUUUUUGUCCUAAUGUUGCUACUCCCAUGGCAAAGAAAAAAAAAAAGAAUGAAAAAAAGAAAAAAAUUGGAAAAAAAUCAGGCUCAUAGAAGCUACUGUGUAGAAAUUUCCCCUUCUAAUUUGCUGAAUGAAGAAAAAAAUCUUUUAUUUGUGAUAUUUUCAGAGACAUUUGCUCUAGUAUGGUGUAUUUAAAUAAUAAAAACUUAAAAGAAAAAAUAUUCAAUGGUGUUUGGGUUUAAACACUGCUUUUUCUCUUCUGUAUUUUGGACGAAUUUAGUUUUUUAAAAAUUUGAUAACAAGCUGACUUUAAAUUUGAGGGGUUGAGGGAGAUGGUGUGUAUAUUUAUUUAGCUCUGGGCCAAUUCGGUAUUCUUCAAAUUACUUAACCAUGCCAUUUUUGGCAGGGGUACAAAGCAGUGUUUCUGAGUCCUUUUUAUAAGUUCAAAUAUUCUGUUAACAGUACCUCAUUACACUUCUAUAUCACAGUGAAUCUUUUGUGUUUAUGUAUAAAUACUUGUUUGAUUCUUCAGCUAUUCUGUUUAUUCUUUUUUAUCAAUAGGAAAGCCUUGCAUUUUGGUGAAAAGCAUGUUAAAGAAUAUGGCACAAGCAUCUUGUUCUCCCAUCAGUUUUAUAGCUUUUAAAGGAAAUAGCGCUUCUAAAUCAUACCCGUACAUGUUUUGAAGUUGCAUUAGUUGUUAGGGCCCAGAGCUCUUUCAUAGUGAUCUUCGAUGGGUGAAGCAGCAGUUUCCUGGUGAGCUUUUAGACUCAUGUGGUCAGUCGGUCGGUUGUAAGCUUUUUGUUUUACUCUUACACGCCUCUACGGACUCUUCAUUUCCAUGUUUGUUGGAGGAGGAUUGCGGUUUCAUUUAGUCCUAUUCUUGAGAUACUGAGUUGCUGUUUCUGGCAGCAGUGUCCACGGCAGCACACCUGCAUUGCCUGCAGAGCUGCCCUGCAGAAAGCAUGCCGCACAGGACUCAGUGCGCCACGGCUGGGGCUGGAGUGAGGAAAGCCAAACGGGCCUGGAUGCUAGGGCUAUGCUGCCAGCCGCCUUAGGUGUGCACGAAUCUCAAGUACAGGUUCCAUCGCAGGCUAAUAAAAACCAGGUGUGUUUAUAAUGCUACGUAAAAUUUUCCUUCUAAAGAUAGCAUUUAUUUUCUCUUGUUCCAGAAAAGCCCCUGACGUAGACCCUCCCUCUGAGAAUAGCGGUAGAUCAUAAUAGAGAGGUCUGUCUCGGCACAUCUCAACUAACAGUUGGCUUCCCUUUUGAGAACUUCUGUGCUUACGUCCUGCUUUCAAAGAUUGCAGGCCAGGAAGAAAAAUCAGUUGCUCAAACUUCAAACCUCCUGUAGGAGAAUUUAAAGGCAGAGGGUUAAAGUGAAUAGUUUUGUUAGAGCUUUAUGAAAAAGAAAAUGCAAGGAAAAAAAUAAGAUGAAGAAAAUCACAUACAUAACAGUCUGUUUGAAUUAGAUCCCUGGGGGAGUUUCUUCGAACUAGUUCUGGUUCUUAUUUUUUUGUUCUUUAAGAAACUUCUUAAAGGAAGUUGGACUCCUCAGGAUGGUAAAGGGGAAAAUGUGUUAAUAAGAUUGUAAGCGUCGUCUGUAUUCUUUUUGGCAUAAGUACUCAUGUCCCAUAUAGAGUAGAAAUUCAAAGGAGGUGGUUAAUCACUUUUAGUAAGUAAUACAGUGUGGCAUGUAGUGAUGUGGAGGGCUAAGGUUGUUACAGACUUUAAAUGAACUAUUAUAUGGCUGAGUCCUCCAGCACUGCCGCGCAUUUAAUAACGAGCUUCUAAAAGCAUUUCUUAAGUUGCAGACCUAUAAGAUUACAAAUGUCACUCAUGUUAGUAUAAUCCACGUGCAAGUGAUGAAGCCUUCUCUUUGAUGUGCUAAAUUGGAGAAGGACUAAUGGAGCUAUGAAUAUACAAUAGAACAUAUUUAAGUAGUAGUCUUGCUUUAGGUAAAACACUUCCUUGAAACCAGAGGCAUUUCAAACAAUAAAACCCUGCUCUAAUGUGGAUGGAAAGCCACUAAAAACACUCCAGUUUAUUCUGAUGUGAGCAGUGAUUGUGUGCAGUUCCUUUGCUAAGCCCAGCAUUGCUAGGGAAAAAACAAAACAAAACUAUGAGCUUAUUCCACCUUUCAUCCAUUGCAUUUGUGAUGUUAUUAGUGAGAUGUAUGCUGUUCUUUUGAAAGGACUUAUUUAAUAUUAACCAUGUCAUAGAGCAAGAUGGCCCCCAGUCCCUAUAAGCAAGUGCAAUUAAAAAUAAAAGCAAAUGUUACUGAGCCCUGCUGAACUCCUGAUAAAAAAAAAUUAUGUUUAUGAUACAUAUAAAUAUCUCAAUCAUGCAAAUUGUCACUCUUGCUAAUGAAACAAUUUUGUAAAAAGAUUGUCCUCUAAAAGGGUUUAAUGUUUUUUACCUAUCUAACUGUCUAGUUAGAUUUACACAUCCUGCAAGGCAGGGGAACCUAAAGCCUUUCCAAACCAAAUCGUUUGCCACAAGAAACUAUUUCCAGCUCUUCAUGAUUUAUUAGGAAAUAGUUUAACAUAGACUGUAGUGUCUUAUAAAAUACAAAAUGAGAAAACUGUCACACCAAAAUGAAGCCUGUGAAAUUGUCAUCUUAAUAUUAACUGUAUUUAAAUUCUUUCUUUUGCCCUUAUUAACACUGAUAUUUGAAACAACUAAUCAUCUAAAAUGAAGCUCUUAAAUUAAAUGGCUUUAAAUGUCAAUAUAGUGAGAUUCUAAUGUGGGCUACUAUUUAUAUAAAAUAUUUCUUAGGGCCAAUAAAUUAUGUAACAAACAGUAAAUCUAAAAGCUAUAUGUCAGGAGUCUAGUGAAGAGGUUCCGUGUAGCCUAAAUAAUUGUAUUUAAAUAGAGAAGCAGUUUUCCAAAGACUCCUUCCUCUUUCAUCAGAGAAUUCUAUCCUGGGUGCUUUCCUACCUAUGACUCAGUUUGAGAGAUCACCGGAAACAGACUGUUUACAAGUUUAUGUUACUUGUCGCUUUGUUACUAAGACUCACCUAUUGUCAGUCCAGCCAAGUCACAGAAAUGCUUAUUGCAGUUAAAUAGCAAUUUGUUUCCAUGAAACUGCAAUUAAAGUAUUACGGAGCAGCCAUUUUAGAUUGGCAAUGCUCUGAAUGCAUGUUAAACAGCCAACAACUCCCACUUGCAGAGUCUGAGCUCUGACUAGCAGCAAAGUGUAACACAUUCCCCGAUGUUGGGUACCUAGUUAAGAGGCAUUUGUAGCCCUCCGCUCCCAUCAUCAGCAUGCUGAGAGCAAUGACAAGUCGGGGCUGAUUUUUGGAAGGAGAACUUGCAGCUCACCUCAGAUGAAUACUGUUUUCAGUUGCGCAAGUAGUGCUUUAUGCUAGUAGAUAUGUUCAUGUUUCCUAGAGGGAAUGUUUUCAAGUUCAGAUUGAUUCUGCUGAGAAUGGACUGCAACUCAGAGGCCUCAAGCCAAUAAUGUACUACAGGUUCUGACAUGUUACAGCUGUGUAAACAGGGCCAUUCUAUCUCCUAAAUCACAACUAAUAAAGCAUAGGAUGAAAAUCAA